AUGUCACAACUGUUGGCGUGGAAGAAGGGUAUGGAGGGUCGCGCCAACGUCAUCGCAGUCCCACCCCUAGUCUCCAAACCUAUCGUAGAGCUGUACUGGUGUCCCGAGACUGUAGCCGUGGCAAUUGAGUUGCUUGUGGACUGUCCAGUCGCCCGAGACACCCUCCGACCGCUCUCCAGGUCCAUCGUCUGGAGGUCCGUGUGGGUAAAGGCAGUGGGUUGGUUUGCCUUGGUAUUGGCGCUGCUGGCUACACUGACUGCAGAACUGUUAGCACCCUGUCUUUGGGAGAAGCCACGCGGCAUUGAAAAAAGUGAGGGAGAAGAAGCAGAUGGAGUAGAAGCUUGUGCAUCAGUGGAGGCCUCAUUUGAACGGUUCUGUGGAGAGACACAGUAA